CCGUCAAAACUGUGUGGGCGGGACUCAAACAAUCCACUCGUGUUCUCUGCACUGUGGAGAGUACGCCACAGCAGCUGGGCAAACAGAAGCUUCUACAGCAAAGGCUCUUAUUUCUGGAGGACGACUACUCUCAGUCUCUGCGCCUGAGUGCUGUUGUUCAGAGUCCUGUAUCCUGAAGCGCAUCCCUGAAAAUAUCCAGAAAACAGUUUUUUUUAGGAGCGAGAGCGUUUCCGUUUUCAGAAGAAACACAAUCUACGCGUCGUGAAAUCAAUUAACUCCUUUUCCCAGGGACACACAAAAGACGCACUCCCAAGUCCACCUGGAUAGCUGGCAAAGCCGCCCGGUCCUUUUCGAGGUCCAGUGGGGACAGACCUUUAGGAGAGAUUAGCGCGGAAGGCAAGAGCAAGACCAGAGAAGACAGGAUGAAUCUCAAGAGUCAUUUGAUUUUCACUCUCUACACUAUUUACGGGAUUCUUCUGAAAGUGAUGGCUUCAAAAGGCAAAGUUCGAGGCAUCAGUGGUCAGUACCCUCUGGUUCAGAAUGUGACGGUGACAGAGGGCAGGACGGCAAACCUCACCUGCCGUGUGGAAUUUAAUGACAACACCUCCCUCCAGUGGUCAAACCCAGCACAGCAGACCCUCUUUUUCGGGGACAAGAAAGCUUUAAGGGACAACAGGAUUGAGCUGGUGCGUGCAUCAUGGUCAGAGCUGACCAUCAGUAUCAGUGACGUCACAUUGUCUGAUGAAGGCAUGUACACCUGUUCUCUCUUCACCAUGCCUGUCAGAACGGCCAAAGCUUACCUGACUGUUCUAGGUGUACCAGAGAAGCCAGAGAUCGAUGGCCUGACGAAGCCUGCCUUAGAGGGAGACCACAUCACUCUGACCUGCAUCACUCAGGGCAGCAAGCCCGCCGCUGACCUGCGUUGGUUCAGGAAUGAAAAGGAGGUCAAAGGUGCUAAAGAGGUGAAUGCAAGUGGGAAGACAUUUACAGUACGGAGCUCUCUGCAGCUGCACGUGGACAGAAAUGAUGAUGGAGUGGCUUACACCUGCAGAGUGGACCAUGUGGCACUCACUCAGGCACCACAGCAGGCCACUGAAGUUCUGGAGGUCCAUUAUGCUCCUCGUGUGGAGAUUAUCCACUCACUCGCAGUUCCUCAGGAGGGUCAGUACUUGAAGCUGGAGUGCGUGUCCAAAGGAAACCCUUCGCCAGAUCCUGUGAUGUGGACAAAGGAUGGGGGUGAACUUCCUGACCUGGACAGGAUGAUUGUAGAGGGGAGGGAGCUCACCUUUACUUCCCUCAACAAGACAGACAAUGGCACCUACCGCUGCGAAGCCAGCAACCACCUAGGGACCAGCAGUGCUGAAUAUGUACUCUACGUCUAUGACGCCCCCACCACCUUGCCUCCAUCCACCAUUCCCCCCCUACAUCCCAUCCCUCCAGAUCCUACUGCUCUAUUAGGCACCCACGUCUCUGACCCCACAGACACUGGCAGCAGAGAUCCCAAUGCCCUGGGGCAGCGCAGCACUGACCACGCCUUGAUCGGAGGAGUGGUGGCCGUAGUGGUCUUUGUCACCUUGUGUUUAAUCAUUGUUCUGGGAAGAUAUCUGGCCAGGCAUAAAGGAACAUACUUGACAAACGAGGCCAAAGGAGCAGACGACGCGCCCGACGCUGACACAGCCAUCAUCAACGCUGAAGGCAACCAUGCACAUGCAGAAGAAAAGAAAGAAUACUUCAUUUAGACUGUGGAGGGAGCUGUGCAGCUCUCUUCCCCUCUUUCAGCUUCUGUAUCUCUUUUUUGCUCUGUCUGCCCUUUUCUUCUCCACUUCUGAUGCCCUGCCCUGGUCGUGACAUUGAGGAACCCAUAGGCUGUCCACAGACAGAGAAGUUCCCCAGGUGUUUUUCUUAUUACUGCCUUUUGUUGAGCCCAUUUCUCUCAUUUACUUCCUUGCCCUUUAUUUCCUUUUUGGCAGCCGGUUUUCACAGGCAGCUGGCCACUGCUGCCGAAACGGUAACUUUCUCACAUUUUUCCUCUUGUCCUUCUUUGACAUCCUGAAAAUCUGUACAGUAUAUCUACCAUGACUGCUUCUGACAUGAUUCCUCAUCCAUUUCCUCUGCCGUUUCCCUCUGAGCAGACACGCAAACACGUUCUCUAUCCCCUUUGUUCACACACUCCCACAAACGCAUAUCCUAUUUCACAUCAACACGGUGCCUAAAAAUACAGACGCCACUGAACUUCUGUCAAUGCCUUCAUGUAUUGUCUGUCAGUAGCAAUGUAAAUGCUUUGUAGAUGGUUAACUGGACAAUUAUUUCAUUGCUUAGCUCACAGCUCUUGAUUAAGCAUUGUGUAUUUUUAUUUGAAUGAAGAUCUGUGCUGUUUACGCCUUAUACAUGCCUAUCACACUGAAUAUGGUACUUUUAGAUGACCCACCUUCCCCUACCCCCCCAUCACUGGUAAUUAAUCAGCUGAUCCUUGUAAAAUUAGAAGGUUUUGUGUAACACUGUAACAGGGUGUGUCAGAAGUGUAGGCUGUAAUAUGAUUUUUAUUAGUAGGGUAGGGGUAACAAAGGGUAGCGUUGGUAUUGUUUAGAGCAGAGAAUACACACCAAAAAAGUGUGAAAGAUGCUAGACAACGCAUUCCAUCAAAUAAACUCAAUCAAAUACAGUAUAUAAAACCAUUUGCUAAACCUGCUGUCACUCUGUACCUUUGCCUGUAUAUUCCUGCACCUGUCCAGGCUGCAUUUUAGCAAAACACCUUCAGUGUCCUCUUCACAGCUUACGGUAGUUGUUCUUUACAUAAAGGGUUCAGGUGUACAGAAAGAGCUCCUCUCUCUAAAAGCUGUAUAAAUUGUAUUGAAGUGAGUUUAGCUUUUAUCUUUGAAGAUUUUUGUUUAUAUUUAUGUCACAAUGAAAUCAGUUUAAAGUUUAAGGACCCCAUGAAAUGUAAAAUUAACCAUUCGGAGUUGUUAAAUUAUGUACAGGAAUUUUUGGUGUUAAUUCAUUUCUCUUUACAGUAAUGUUAUUUUGAUUGAUACCUGUGUAAACUUGAGGUCCAGGCAGCUUUUCACAAGUUUUUGUCCAUUUACUGGCUUGUCGGUAAGCAACCAAUCCUAUUAUUACAUCUGUAAAAAAAAAUUGGGAUAACAUUAAUUUAAAGCUGCAUUAACUAUCUUCUCCAUCUAAUUUUUGACCAUU